GUGACGUCAUUCACACUUCAUAUUUAGGGGCAUCGUGUCGCAAUUGAACUGUAUAAACACGAAGGAUGGACUAUCGAUGACAGUAAACGUCUCAGAGAUUCGGUCAUAGAGAAAAGAUACUGAUGUGUGGUGCAUCUGUAAUAGGAAAGUCCUGCUGAUAGCAGUGGAUAUGUCAUCUUGUGACUCCAUGUGUGAAGUCAAGCAACAGCAACUGAGAAUAUUAUAUAGUCUGAGCAGUUGUAGUGUGUGACCCAGCCUGAACAUUUAUAGUGUGAAUUGACUUAACAGUAGUGUAGCCAUGAGUUCUGACAGUGCCGCAGAUAUCCCCGUAGAGGAGGGACUGUUUUCAGCACUGGAUUUUUUUAUCCUGUCUAUACUAGCCGGUAUGGCUGGCUACUGGUAUUUCUUCAAAAACAAGAAACAGGAACAGCCGACAUUUAAAAAGCUCACUGUGCAACCAGUUCAGGGAAGAGUGAAUGAUCCCAGCUUCAUUAACAAAAUGAAAUCUUCUGGUAGGAAUGUUAUUGUGUUUUAUGGUUCACAAACUGGCACCGCAGAGGAGUUUGCUGGUCGCUUAGCAAAAGAUGCUCAAGGAUAUGGCAUGAAAGGCAUGGUGGCGGAUCCAGAGGAGUGUGAAAUGGAUAACCUGAGCAGUUUACCAGAAAUUGAGAAUGCCCUGGCAAUAUUUUGCAUGGCCACUUACGGAGAGGGCGACCCAACAGACAAUGCUCAGGAAUUCUACAACUGGCUGCAGAAUGGAGAAUCCGAUUUAACGGGAAUGAAAUUUGCUGUUUUUGGUCUGGGAAAUAAGACUUAUGAGCAUUACAAUGCCAUGGGAGUAUACGUGGAUAAAAGGCUUGAGGAGCUCGGAGCAGAGAGAAUCUUUGACUUAGGAUUAGGAGAUGAUGAUGCAAAUAUUGAGGAAGAUUUUGUAACUUGGAGAGAAAAAUUUUGGCCUGCUGUAUGUGAACACUUCGGAGUACAGGCCACAGGAGACCAAGUCAAUAUCCGACAAUACAGUCUGACUGAACAUGAUGAUCUAACAGCAGAAAAAUGCUACAAAGGAGAAAUUGCUCGUUUAGGAUCAUUUGGAAACCAGAAGCCGCCAUAUGAUGCGAAGAACCCAUUCCUGGCACCAGUGAAUGUUAACAGAGAACUGCACAAGGGUGGAGAUAGAUCUUGUAUGCAUAUUGAGUUUGACAUCACAGGAUCAAAGAUCAGAUAUGAAGCUGGAGACCACGUAGCCGUGUAUCCUGUCAAUGACCCGGACCUGGUGGAACUGAUCGGAAAAAGACUGGAGGUGGAUCUAGGUCAAAUGUUCACACUUACAAAUGUUGAUGAGGAAGCCAGCAAGAAGCACCCUUUCCCGUGCCCCACUACCUACCGCACUGCAUUCUCCCAUUAUCUGGACAUCACAGGAACACCAAGGACUCAUAUUUUACGAGAACUGGCCGAAUAUGCCCAAGACCAAAAGGACAAAGACUUCUUGAAUAAACUCUCAUCUUCAACACCAGAGGGCAAGACUCUGUACAGUGAUUGGGUUGUGAAGGACAGGAGAAAUAUUACUGCAAUCUUAGAGGAUCUUCCAUCUGUAAAGCCUCCCAUUGACCAUCUAUGUGAACUGUUACCAAGGUUACAGGCUAGAUACUAUUCCAUAUCUUCAUCUCCCAAGGUCAAUCCUACCAGUAUUCAUAUAACAGCUGUUGUGGUCAAAUAUAACACAAAGACAGAUCGUACCAUGAAAGGUGUGGCCACAAACUGGUUAGCACUAAAGAGGCCAACCAAUGGAAUCAAGCCCACAGUCCCCGUCUAUGUUAGAAAAUCUCAAUUCCGUCUACCAUUCAAAGCCAACACGCCAGUCAUAAUGAUUGGACCAGGGACAGGCGUAGCUCCCUUCAGAGGGUUUAUACAGGAAAGGAACUUCCUUAAGAAAGAAGGUAAGCCUGUGGGAGACACUGUGCUGUACUUUGGCUGUCGACACAAGAGCCAGGAUUAUCUCUAUGAAGAUGAAUUGGAGGAAUACACAAAAGAUGGCACCUUGACCAAAGUUCAUUUGGCCUUUUCCAGAGAUGGGCCCGAUAAGAUCUAUGUACAACAUCUACUUAGGGAGAACAUGGAGGAAACAUGGAAAAUGUUGGAGCGAGGUGGACAUAUCUACGUGUGUGGUGAUGCUCGCAACAUGGCAAGAGACGUACACGAAACUUUAGAGAAGAUAAUCAGGGAGUGUGGCAACAUGGACAAAGAGAAGGCCACCAAUUACGUGAAACAGAUGCAGAACAAGGGACGCUACUCUUGUGAUGUGUGGAGCUGAAGAGCGCUAACCAUUAUAGCGUGGAGUUAUUUUUGAGUACCAGUAGUUUAAUGAUAUAUAUGCAAGACACAUCAGUAAUAUGGAGUAAAAUUGUGUACAUUAAAGUUUUUAAAAUGUAGAGGUCUUGAUAAAUUUUGAAUGCUUUUGCUGUUUCGUGUAGUUCAUAGUAAGAAUAUUGUCAUCAUUCACCCAGAAACUGCUUUAUAUAUGUUGUGUUGAUUAGUUUGUUUAGAGUCAUAUAUACAUAUUUACAAGUUUUUAAUAGCCAGUGUUUUGUAAUUCUUUUGAAAUUGGCACAUUGACUAUUCAGACUUUUCUGGCAGAAAAGGGGGGAUUUCAUUUUCAUCAGUAAGCAAAGCAUAUUCAAUCUACACGUAACGAAAUGUUGAUGUCUUUGUUUGUUUUCAUUCUCUCUAUAGUGUGAUAGUCUAUGGAGUAAAUCAACACCCCCAGUUUAUUACAAUGUGUAUUUGUAAAUUUUUUGUUACAUGUACAUCAGAUUUUUCUGAGAUUGAGUUUAUUUUAAAGUUAUGAUUAUGACAUACUUGCUUUUAACGUCAUCUCUGGCCGUCAUCUAUAUUUACAUCAAAAUGACCAAAACUUAAAUGUCCAUGAUGACCCAAUACCUCUUUUAUGAAUACUUAUUUGUUAAGAUUCAAAUUAUAUUGUCCCUUGACCCUAUUCACAAAACAUCUUGCGACUAAGAUAAAAAUUACAAAUACCGUAAUUUUCUUAUUUUUUAUUUCUUGUAGACUUUCUUCAUUGAUAUGUAAAGUAAAUCCAUGGUUUAUCAAAAGUAGAAUACAUACUUAUGACCUUGUGAUCGGUAUUUCAUUAUCAGACAGAAUUAUUUUUUUCAGCUUAGUCCUAAGAUAAUUUGUGAAUAAGGGUCUAUGGCUAAAGUCAUAACCAACUUUACUACUUUGAUUUCUUGAAUACAUACAAAUAUUUAUUAAAGUUAUGCCCUGUUCUCAGAAAUACAUCGUCUGGUGUCGACAAGCUUCGUAUUUGUAGGUACACUGUAGCACUUUGGUUCUCAAUGUUGGGGCACGAUCCAGAUCUGCGUGUAUGUGUGGGUGUAUGAACGUGUACAGGUGGAUGUAUUGUUUUAGUGAUGUGAAAGAAAACAACAUGGAAAAGUAGCUGCAUGUGUCAUGGUGCUGAAAUGAUGAAAGAUAUGUGUUGUGUAUUUAACCUGAAAUAUUUUUAUUUUUUCAAAUUUUAGAUGUUAUUCAAUUCAUGUUUGAAAAAUAAAAUGAUAAAUUUUUUAAAAAUAUAAAAAUUUGUUGGAAUGUUGCAAUAAUUCACUGUACAUAUGAAAAACAAAAUGUACAUGUACACUGUACCUCAAAUUGACUUUUUGUGUUAUUUACAAAUAGAUACAUCAUUACUUUUUAAAAAAAAAUUACAUUUGUAUAUAUUUGUCAUUUAUUUACAUACAAAAUUGGCAUUGCUAUAAAA